AUGCUCCGUCUCCGACCUACCGUCCUCGCCUUAACAAUGACCGAGGUGCAAGAAGUAGAAGACCGCCGCAAGGGCUCCCGCAAAGUCAGCACCAAGAGCAAAUGGCGCUUCCGCGCACGCGCCUCUGAAAACGCAACGUCGGGAUCCUCAGCCCCAUCGUUGCCAGACUACAGCGACAGUGAUGAUGAGACAGACAUCCCCGAUCAUGACGACGCAGAACAGCCUGUCCAGCUCCCCGUUUUGCCUGCCCGUUUCCCUGAAGAACAGACCGAAGUGGUCCCCACUGCCCGGCCGCCGUGCCCCGAUGUCUCCUUUGACCAGCGUAACUGCGAGCAGUCUGUCGAUGGCGCUGGAGAUGAGCGUGAUCUCAACCAGCAGCCUCAGGCUAGCUCGUCUCGGAGUCAGCUGCCCGUCAGAACGCCUAGGACGUCAUCCGCUCGCCGUAGCAACAGAGACAGUCCCCGUACUUUCGAGCGAUUCGAGCUCUCGUUCCAAAACCUGAGCAUCAGGACCCGGACGGCCACUCCCUCAUCUGCAGCGAAACCUGCAUCUCCCGCCACCGCCGCUCUUCCCCAUCAUGGUAGCUCUCCGUCCGAACGCUUAACGCGUCUCGCCAGCAGCAGAACCCAUACCCCGGCUGCUGCCACACCUAGCAGCGUUCGAUCCAAGCCUUCUCCAGUCAUCGAAACCCCUACGACACCGUCUCGCCAGCCCGUCGUUAGCACGCCCAUGCCUCCUGCUACCUCGGCAAGCUUUCGGGUCUAUAAUGACUCCCUUCCAGCCUCGUCACAGCCUCGAACUCCGCAGAACUUGCCCGAGGCUCGACACCAGAGUCGACUACUCCGACAAGGGGCGUAUACAGUUCCUGCUGGUUGGCGAGCCUCAUUCUCGCAGGAGCAGAGGACGCCGACGACUAGUCGAGCGCAGAGACAAAGGAGCAGAAGAGAGCCCAGUCCACAGGGACUAAGGACGCCCGGAAUGGUGGGAUUGUAUGGAGGGAGUGAGAAUCAUACGGAUGAUGGUGUUGUGUUUGUUGAUAUUAGGGGAGGAGGGGGUGUCGAGGAGGGCGAUGAGGAGGAGGAGGAGGCGCAUUUGUGA